AUGCCGACAAGAAGCUGUAUUUGGCUGACCAUCGUCGUUGUCAUUCCCACUGUCCUAGCGUGGUACCUCUCUGAAACGGUGGUGAAUCUGGGGAACGUGGCCUGCGGAUUCGCUGCCAAGACCGUCUGUAGCGGUGUGUUCGUGUCCGAACGUAACCCCGAGUCGGUAUUUCAACAAGACCUUCCUGGCCUGGUCAAGCGACUCGUCCAGUACAAGGUGGACUAUGAUGGACAGUACGUGAACACGUCCAUAUGGCCAAACGUGUUCAGCUCAUCAGCAGUGUACCACGGGCCCUACACCGGCUGCAGUGUCAUCGCUAACAGGCAGUUGUAUGAAUCGACGCACCGAGCACAGUAUGAUUUGCUCGAUGGUGUGCAAAGCGGAGCUGCGCCUCACGUUACACUGGAAAGCGAGGAUAUUGUACAAUACAAUGCAACCAUUCAGGAUAUUGUGAGUGCUGAGUUCACACGAGAAUCUUAUGAAAGGGCACACACACGCGCCAUUGCAGUGCUGUACGAUGGCAAGCUCGUUGCCGAGGGCUAUGCGUCCUCCGAGCAUUUGCCUGGCAUUGGUGCUCAGACACCAUUGCUGGGAUGGUCCAUGACGAAAACUCUAACGGCAAUUCUCGUCGGCAUGCGCGUACGCCAGGGUCACAUGACGUUGGAUCAGGUUGUGUACGGCAAUGCGACACUGCGUGAGGUCAUUCAAAUGACCAACGUCCUGGCCAGCAUACGGGAGGAUUAUAGUGACACGGCAACCAUACCCACUCUGCUCUUUACCCAGCCUAGCAUUGUGGAAUUCAUUCACAGCUAUGUGGCUGCAGAGAUGGCCAAGCCAGACCAUGCAACACCGCAGAGUGGCGCUGAUGCUUGGUAUUACAGCUCAGCGCUGACUAACAUUCUCUCGCACGCCUUACGUCGUUCCUUUGCCACCGACAUCGAGUACUGGCGCUUUCCUAAAGAGGCUCUUUUCGGCAUCGUCGGCGCUAAUUCGGUCGUCAUGGAGACUGAUCAGAGUGGCCUGUUUGUGGGUUCUUCGUUCAGCUACGCGACGGCACGUGAUUGGGCCAGGCUUGGCCAUCUGCUGGUUCAGAGGGGCCAGUGGAAUGGGAAGCAGCUGCUGGACGAGUCGUAUGUGAACUUGAUGUGGCAGCGUGCACCGGGCAGUGCGGGUGUCUACGGCGGACAUGUGUGGUGUGUUCCCACCUCACCGCUGGACAGCCAUGCAUCGCUGUACGUCAGAAGCAAACGUGUGUUGUUAGACCGGGUGCUUCAGGCAACACCGCCGAGCGAUACGUGCCUGAUGAUUGGUCACCAUGGCCAGUAUGUAAUCAUGAUACCCAGUAGGCACCUGGUGUUGGUCAGACUGGGCUUGACAGAAGGCAUGGUACCACCAAAAGACCCCGCACGGUGGGACGACUGGCAUCCGACGUGGGACAUUUCCCGUUUUCUCCAGUCCGUCUUGGACGCCAUCUGA